AUGAAGUAUUCCUCCAGCAUCCUUUUGCUGACCUCGACCCUUUUUAUGCCCAGUGCCCAAGCAGCACAAGUGGACUGUCUCGAUGAGAUGCGUUACAACUUGGAGAGCAUGUGCCGCAACGAAUGCUCCAAGCUCAAUUCAGCCGCCUUUUCGGUUUCUUACGCCGAGGACGACAAUUCGUGCCGUUGUUUCCCAAAGACCGAAGGGCAGCAGUACAGUGACAAUGGCGAUCGCAAGGCUCAAUUGACUUGCUAUUCGAUGACUGAACCCAAGACCAGAGUGCUUGGUUAUGGUGACUGCACUCUUGCUGGGGGCAGUGCGCUUGCAGGGUCUUCUCAUUUGGUAUUGAAGCAAUGCGCAAAGCAAGAAGAAACCUCAAAAGAAGAGCAAGAUCAUUGCCUCGAUGAAAUGCGCUACAAUUUGGAGAGCAUGUGCCGCAGCGAGUGCACAAAGCACGAUUCCGUGGCCUUUUCGGUUUCUUAUGCCGAGGAUGAUGACUCGUGCCGCUGUUAUCCAAAGAUUCCAGGGUUCGAAGGAACCUACACUGGUUCUCACGAUAAUACGACACGAUUGACCUGCUAUUCGAUGGAAGGAAAGAAGACUAAGGUUCUCGACUACGGAGACUGCACCAUGGACGGUGUCGUUGGUGAUUUUGUCAAAAAGUAUACUUUGAAGAGAUGCCCAGUCAGUGGCGAUCGUCUUCGUCGCCGUGUCUUGGCCUAA